CACAUCGAGGCUCCUCCAGUAUUCCCCUCUGCAGCCUGAGCAUCUCCGCGACCGGCCGCCGAAGCAGCCCUGCCGCCGCUGCCGGGACCUGUCCGGGUGCAGCGCAGCUGACGCCCGGGAGCCACCGGGCGCACCCGGAACCACCCGGCCCCCUGGGACCACCCGGCCGACGGGACCCCCCGGGCCCACCGGACCCACCGGGAACCACCGGGCCCACCGGGAACCACCUGGGCCCACGGGACCCAAGAGGCGCACCCGGAACCACCAGGCCCACCGGGAACCACCGGGCCCACCGGGAACCACCCGGGCGCACGGGACUACCCGGAACCACCCGGCCCCCUGGGACCACCCGGCCGACGGGACCCCCCGGGCCCACCGGACCCACCGGGAACCACCCGGGCCCACGGGACCCCCCGGGCCCACCGGACCCACCGGGACCCACCCGGGCCCACGGGACCCACCGGGCCCACCGGGAACCACCCGGGCGCACGGGACUACCCGGAACCACCCGGCCCCCUGGGACCACCCGGCCGACGGGACCCCCCGGGGCCCACCGGACCCACCGGGAACCACCCGGGCCCACGGGACCCACCGGGCCCACCGGGAACCACCCGGGCCCACGGGACCCCCCGGGCCCACCCGGAACCACCCGGCGCACUGGGACCCAUUCGACAUGGACGCGCGGGGACCCAAAGCCCCCGGCGGGGACGCGCUGCGCGACGCGGCAGAAAAUCUAUUUCAGGAACUUCAAGAACAUUUUCAAGCUCUGACUGCAACAUUAAACCUCAGAAUGGAAGAAAUGGGAAAUCGCAUUGAGGAUUUACAGAAGAAUGUAAAUGACCUAAUGGUGCAAGCUGGGAUUGAAAAUUCUAUUAAAGAACAAACGACCUGAGGACGGUAGACUGGUCACUUGAAAAUGUGGUAAAAUCAAAACUGUACUUUUUAAAUAAUAAUCUGCAUGAGUUCUGAUUUUUACUACUUAAUUUAAAAAUUCAUUCUAAUAAAAUGAAAGAUUAAAAGAACAAACAAUCCAAUAAGAACGUAAUUCAGAAAGUGAUUAACAAAGAUGGUUGUAAAAUUUUUCAAGGCAUACCUUGUAUAUAUAAGUCAUGGGAGAAAAGCAUUUUUUUCCCCUGAAUUAAGUUUUAUAUAGAUCUUUUUAAAAAACAUCAUAAGCUGUUUUCUGAUUGAUAUUGCUUUUUAAAUAACUGCAUUCCAACCCAGCUUUUCCAGUCACAGAGUGUUUGGGAAGACUCAUUUUAAUCUGUCUAGUUCAAACAGAUUUGGAUAGCAAUGUUCUCCAAACCAAACGAAACCCAAGAAAACAGUGUAUCCAGGCGCCCAGUGUUCAGUUCGGAGGUCAACCUCACCCACUCCGCUCCUAUAGAGGUUGUUACCUAAGAGAAGCACAAAGAUACACUUAGUUUAUUUUGUAGGUUAUAUAGAGACAAUCAAAUAAUUGUCCAAUUUACCUCUCUAAGCCAAAGUAAAACAGAGCUAUGAUCAUCUAAAAAGGGGUUGGUAAUAGGCUCUCGUUGUAAAAAAUAACAUUCCUGCAUAUGAGAUAAAUCUUACUCUUCAUACAAAAGUCAAAAUCACCCAGAAUUCUACAAUUUAGAAUUAACCACUGUGCAUACAAUUUUAUAUAUGGGUGAUCAUGUUGUUUAUAAUCUCAUAUCCUGUUCCCUUUUCAUAUCAUAAACAUUUUUUCCAUGUGAAAAUUUCAUACACUUUUCAUACUUUUUUUUUUUAAUGGCUGACUACUAUUCUAUCAUAUGGCUGUAAUAAUUUAAACUUUCCCAUAACUAUCCCUUGGACAUUGAGGCUACUUCCCACUUUCUUGCUAUUAUAAAUAAUGCUGUAAGGAGCAUUGUUACCAUGAAUUCUGUGCACAUUUCAUUAGGGUCAGAAGUGUGACUGAAGGCCAAGUACAUUUAGUCAAAUGCAUCUAAGAAAGGAAGUGUCAUUUUGUACUCCCAACAGUGGUGCAUGUCUUUCUUUUUUUAUUUUAUUUUUAUUUUUUAAAGAUUUUAUUUAUUUAUCUGAGAGAGAGAGAGAGAGAGCACAAGCAGGGGGAUCGGCAGGCAGAGGGAGAGGGAGAAGCAGGCUCCCCGCUGAGUAGGGAGCCCGAUGCGGGGCUCAAUCCCAGGACCCUGGGAUCAUGACCUGAGUUGAAGGCAGACGCUUAACCGACUAAGCCACCCAGGUACCCCGUGUCUUUCUUUUUUUAAUCCAAAGUUUUAAAAUGGCAUCAUUUAAAUUCAGUAUUCUUGGAGAUUUAAAACCAUGGUAGUUCCAUUGGAUUAUGUGAAAAAUCUCAAAGCAUCUUUUCUUUUCUUUUUUUUUUUUAAGAUUUUAUUUAUUUGACAGAGAGAGUGAGAGAGGGAACAUAAGCAGGGGAAGUGG